UGUCUGUGUCGUUUUGGGGCGCUUCAGACAGACUCCUUUCUUUACAUUUCACUUUUGGACCCAAGUUGAAUAGAAAAUGAUUUGCUUUUAUAGAAUGAAGGAAUAAUUGAAUAAUAUUGGUCAUUUUAAAAAAAAAUGUCGCGAUGAUACACGGGAGUUCAAAUUUAGUAAGACAGACAAAACAGGCGCAUUUUGAUGGCGACGAGCAGCACGACGAUGGCUUACUUGAACUCCCUUCGUUUUUUGUUUUAACUUUUCAGAGAUAUGAGGGGGAAACCAGAGAAGGACAGUUCCACGGGAGAGGGAGUGCCAAGUUUAAAGGAGGCCACACUUACAAGGGCAUGUUCUCUAUGGGAGUUAUGCAUGGGACUGGUGUCUUCACAUGGGCCGACAAGGUGAGAUAUGAGGGAGAGUUUGUGCACAACAUGCCGGUGGGCCAAGGCAAGUACACCUGGCCGGACGGCAGCUCUUACGAAGGUGACGUGUGCAAUGGUGUCAGGCAUGGCAGCGGAACCCACAAAAGUGGCAACGUGACGUACAAAGGGCAAUGGAAUCACAGCAAGAGGCACGGAAAGGGCACUGUGUAUUAUAACCAGGAGGAGACUUCUUGGUACAAAGGCAACUGGGUGAUGAACGAAAGAGAGGGAUGGGGAAUAAGACGCUACCCUUCUGGUAACAUUUAUUUUGGUGAGUGGAAGCAUAACUUGAGAAAUGGAGAGGGCACCAUGAGGUGGCUAAAUCAGGGACAGCUCUAUAUUGGCAACUGGCACGACGGAGUCCAGCAAGGCCAUGGCACACACGUGUGGCUCAUGAAGCGAAGCGAACCCGGAGCUGAAUUCCGUCCCAGCAAUCAGUACACGGGGAAUUUUUUCCAGGGUUACAGGCACGGACCGGGAAUCUUUUACUACGCUGGCGGUGCCGUCUACGAGGGAGGAUGGCAGGACAAUAAAAAACACGGGAAGGGAAAAGUUACCCUCAAGGACGGCUAUGUUUUUCAAGGACAAUUCCUUAAUGACAAGAUGGUGACCCCCAAUAUGACAGCAAACCAAGCCCCCGUUCUACAUGGUAUGGCCGAAUCUUCUCUUGGACCGGACAUGACUGUCAGCAUAGAUUGCGCUUUGGAGAAAAUCCCUGGGAGAAAACACGAAAUUGAGCACAAACAGGUGAGGUUUGUGCUGCUGAGGCACAAGACAGAGCUGAGGUCCAUCUAUCGUUUCUACAGCCGACUCGGCCAACCUCAGAUUCCAGGCGGCGCCUUCCUGCUGUCCCGCAUGCAGCUGUGGCGCCUGCUCAAAGACUGUUACGUCCACCACCGUGGCGUCACCUUGGCGGAGCUCGACCUUUACAUACGAGAUAACCCGGAGCCAGCAGAGGUUCACUCCCCCUUCACUCCCAUAAUGCUUUGUCGGUUCCUCAGCUGCCUUGUGAUCAUUGCCUUCCACAUCUACCAUGAGGACAUGGAGUCAUCGAAUCACCUUCUGGCUGCGUGCUUCUCCAAACUUUUGAUAGAAGACAUAUUUCCACAUGCCAAGAAUGUAAAAGGCUUCCUUUUUAAGCCACCAGAGCGAACAAUUGUAGCCGUGGACUUCCUAGGGAAAUGCUGGAAGGUGUAUCAGGCUUACUGCAGGGUCAACAAAGCCCCCAGGGAUGACAGCACCAUGACAAACCGCCAUAUACUAUGGAUGUAUAAGGAUCUCAAUCUUUACGACAGUGAUUUGACCAUCGUGAGGGUAAUGGAGAUCAUCUCCGCAGAGACCCUCGAUCCCAGCAACCUGUCCGCCUGCAUGGAAAAUGAGAUUACAUUUCUGGAAUUCUUUGAGGCUCUUCUUGGCUGUGGCGAGGUCAAGUGUCAGCAGAUGACAGGUCCUUACCCAAAGAUUGGACCGUCGCGAUCCUCUUCAGCACUGGCACGUCAGUGGCAACAAACGCUGGCCCAAGAUCGUGAACUGGAUGCUUGGAGUCAUAAGAUCCAUCACUUCUUCAAACAUAUGUUCUUCCCUGCUGUUGCCCUCCUUCAUAUAAUGUGAUAAGCAAGAAGCAACUCGCACAAAAGGGAACCAAAAAAAUAAAAAUAAAAUUUGGAUUAGCAAUUAGGGUGGCGGAGUGAAGUACAUCAGGUCACUCGGGCAUGCAGAUGGCCGUAUCUUGUCCUUGGGGUUUGGAGUGAAGAGAAACAAGGACGCUUCAGCUGUCUGGGCCUUCAAAAUACACACCGAAAUAGAACGCAGUAUGAAUAUACAGUAAGAACAAAUCAAGUUACUGCAGUCUCAUGUUAAUUUAAAUGGUCAUAAGUUACAGAAAUAAAAGUUUGAACCUGUGGUGACUGGGAAGUUAACGGGGGAGGUGCUGUGGUGACAGUGUGCAAAACUGUGAAGAAAGAAAAGACACAUUUACAGUAAACCAAGAGUGUACACCAAGACAUGUAGUGCAGUGAUGACUACAAGAGAUUAUUAGGAAAUUAACCAGUACAAAUAAUACAUCUUUGUACCUCUUAUCUGUGCUAGUGACAUAUAGUGACAAGCAGAACAAUUACAUGCUCCUCCACGACAUGGCAGAAGGUACAACCAACUUAAAUUUGAAUAAACUCAGACCAGUUAAGCAUU